AUGCUGGGCUUCGACUACACACCUUCGUCGGUCAAUAUCGACUUCUCCUUCUUCGGCGGAGCCGAGGAGGUACCGCCGUGGCUUCGGCCGCUAGCAUUCAAGAAGGGACAGCAACAACCUCACAGCGAUGUCUCUUCAGCCUCCAUGUCUGCCUCCUCAUCCGUAGCUUCAUCAUCAUCACAACGCAGCUCGUCGCCAUCGUCGCGAUCAGCCUCGCCUGACAUAACCGACGCAGAUAGCGUUGUCGCAGCUCCCAUCCUCGAGAAGUCGGACUCGUCCGCGUCUACAUCUGGCGCCGGCGCCCCGUGGCUCCCGCAGCUCCUGCCCGUCAAGCAAGACCAGCAAGACUUCCUAUGGCUCCUCACAGAAGAGCCGCAUCGCACUCGUCGGCAAGCGAUUCUCAAGGCUCAUCCUGAGAUCAAAUCGCUCAUGGGCCGCGAACCUCUCACCAAGUGGAUCGCGAUGGGCGUCGUAGCUACGCAGCUGGCCGCGGCUACAGCGAUGUGGUACUGGCAGAUACAUCCAUUCGAUUGGCGUUUCUUGCUCACGGCCUAUGUGGUCGGAGGGACGGCCAACCAGAAUAUCUUCUUGGCUAUUCAUGAGAUCACGCAUAAUUUGGCCUUCAAAGGCAUCAGGGCGAACAAGGCCCUCGCGAUUGGAGUCAAUACGGUUAUCGGCGUGCCGUACGCGAUGAUGUUCAAGCAAUACCACAUCGAGCACCACAAGCACCUCGGCGAGGACGGGAUAGACACGGACAUGCCCACGCGCUUCGAGCUCCUCUGCCUCAACCACGUACUCGGAAAAGCCUUUUUCGCGACUUUCCAAAUCUUCUUCUACGCAUUGCGACCAGGUUUCAUCAAGACGCAGCGCCUCACCGUCUGGCACGUCCUUAAUAUCGCCUUCCAGUUCGCGUUCAAUGCCGCUCUCGUACAGACGAUGGGCUGGACCCCGCUCGUUUACCUGCUCUUCUCCUCUUUCUUUGCGGGGUCACUGCACCCCUGCGCCGCACACUUUAUUGCCGAGCACUACCUAUUCGGCGGGAUAGCUCAAGAAACGUGGUCCUACUACGGUCCCCUGAACAUACUAGCGUACAAUGUCGGCUACCACAACGAGCACCACGACUUUCCCUCGGUGCCCUGGACCCGCUUGCCAGACUUAAAGAGGAUGGCUCCCGAAUUCUACGACUGCCUGCCCAGCCAUAAGAGCUGGCCGAUGGUGACUGUGCAGUUCAUCUUGGGGACGGAUUGUGGGUUGUGGGCAAGGAUCAAGAGAAAGGCCAAGGGAACUGUCAGUGCGGAUAAGGGUGACGUGCAGGGUCAUGAGCUGAAAGAGGGCUUGGUCGAUGAGAAGAUCAAGAGCCAAUGA